GAGAAAUAAACCGCAAGCAGUCCAGAAGCUGUUGUUGACCUGGUCUGAGUCUAUCAGGAGCUCCAAUAUGGACACAAACAUCAACUAAAAAAGGAUAUUUCCUUAACAGUAUCGAUUUGCAUAUAUAGGAUUUAUCUGUUUGCAACUAACUAAAGAUACAAGUGGUGUCCUAAUUUGAGUAAGAGAGAUACUUUUCUCAGAUCCGCUAUGAAGAGCUCACCGAGGACGCUGCGCUGCGCUCCAUCGCACUGAAGUUCUCUCUGCAAACAGGUGGAUUUCCAGUUUCCUCAGAGGGUACCUGAAACUUUGACAUGCCUGCCCCACCUCCUCCCCCUCCACCGGCCCCCCCUCCGCCGCCUCCACCCACCGCCGCCCUGCCGCAGUGCCCGGUGGAGCCCCCAAAUGUCCAGUCUGGAGGAGGAGGAGGAAGGAAUGCACUUCUGGCCGACAUCCAGAAAGGAGCCAAGCUGAAGAAAGUCACGCAGGUCAAUGACCGUAGUGGUCCCAUUGUCGAUAAGCCCAAGACUAACACUGGAGAUACCGCUGGAAAUGCUGGUGCUUCCAACGGCUCCUCUGGUGGGUCGGCCCCCAUGGGCCCCCCCCUCAGUGGGCUGUUUGCUGGAGGGUUUCCCACUCUCAGGCCCAUAGGACAGAGAGACGUAGCGGGCAAGACUCAAGUGUCUCGAUCGAGCUCUUCAGCCUCUCUGCAGCCGCUGUGGAGCCCUCCGGCAGCAGCCGAGGCCGGCAGCGUUUCUGAGCCUCCCAGGACAGCGGAGGUUCAAAGCUCCUUCCACCGCCAGCUCGUGCCUUCUUCUUCUGCUCCACCAUCUCCCUCUCACGGCACCAAGCCCCCACCUCAUUUCCCUGCUUCCUCUCCCGCUGGUCCUCCCCAUGCACAUCCCUUUGCUCAUCCUUCUGCUCCUCCACCUGCCCCUCCCUCUGCUCAUCCACCUGCCCAUCCUUCUGAUCAUCCCCAUGCUCAUCCCUCUGCUCCUCCGCCCGCCCCUCCCUCCGCUCAUCCCCAUGCCCAUCCCUCUGCUCAUCCCUCUGCUCCUCCACCUGCCCCUCCCUCCGCUCAUCCCCAUGCCCAUCCCUCCGCUCAUCCCCAUGCCCAUCCCUCCGCUCCACCCCCACCCCCGCCACCUCAGGGCCUCCAGGACCGGCCAGCCAGCAAGCCUCCGCCUCUCCCCUCCUGCCCUCCCCCUCCCCCUCCAUCCCAGGUUACCAAGCCUACGUGGCUCCCCCUCCAGCAGCCUCUCCACACAUCUGUGCACCAGCCUUCGACUCCCCCUCCUCCUUCUCCUCCUCCAACGUACCAGCCUCCGUCCUCCGUUCAAGGAGACCGUUCCUCAGGUUGCUUCUACACCCCACCUCUCCCUACAGUCUACUCCGAAUCCUCCAGGUUCCCUAUCCUGCGCGACAGCCCCCUGGGACCCCCUCCUCCACCUCCUCCACCUCUACCUACGUCUUUAACCCCCAGCUGUCCAUCCACCCUUCCUCCACCACCUCCCAAAGUGGGCCCUUUACCCUCGCCAACCAUACGAUCACUGCCUCCGUCGUACCCCUGCAACGCUCCGACUCGACGGCCACCAGCCGUGCCCAGAAGUGCAGGUGUGGGUCGGCUGGCUCCUCCCCCGGCUCCUCCGGCACGUUCCCCCACCACGGAGUUGUCAUUUCGCAUUCCUCCUCCUCCUCCGCCUCCUCCUCCUCUGCCGCCGUUCAGCCACAGGAACGGACACCUGCAGAGCCUAGAUGACUUUGAGUCCAAGUUCCAGUUCCACCCUGUAGAAGAUUUACCGCCACCGGAUGAAUUCAAGCCGUUCCCUCGGACCUACCCCAGCAAAGAGAACAGAGUGAACCCCAAACCGCCUGGGAUCAGGACACACCUCAGAUGAGUCAUGGACUCGCCCUCUUCCUCAUCCCUGACACGCAGCACAGAGAAUAAUCUCCAUAACUUCUCCUCUGUCUUUAACGACAAUAACACGACUGCCAUAGGGCCUCUGUGCAGCUGCGUUCAAUGUAAUCGUGUGUGCACCAGUGUGUGUGCGUGUGUGUAUACAAGUGUCAAACAGGACCCCGCCUUAUUCUGACAAUGUGACCUCUGACCUUUUCCAAUGUGGAAUGUUUUGAAUGUAUGUGAGGAGGAGGACUCGCCACGCUCAUAAGCUACAGACAGAUAGCACAAAGACGCUCCAGCACAAGUGUCUUCCAGUAACUACAUUUAACAGUAUGUGCUUCAUUAGCCACACUUUAUAUAUGUAUCUGCGUCUUUACUGUACUGCGUUUAAAUUCUGAUAUCUAAUACACUUAUUUGUUUUUAAGAUACGCUGUUCAAAACAAAUACAAGCUGGAAUUUAAGUGUGUUGAAAUGUGUUGCUUUCUAACCCACCGUUUAAAUGAUCAAGCACAACAAUCAUGCAGAAUCUUUUAUAUUUUGUUUUGAGUUUUUAACAAACAGUGAAAGUGAAUACGUGAUUAAAACAAAAGCCACAUCUGAUCUGAUCUUUAAUGUGAAAACAAGAUUGUGAGUCAAGUCUUGGUUAUUUCUCAUCUGCAUUGCAGGGUAUGUAAAACCUGAGUGAUCAUUAAUCCUUGUGCAGUGCAGUGGUUCUCCCUUCUGCUAAUGUGAUUUAGACAAAAAUAACGUCAUAGAACAGUUACUAACAUUGUGAAGACUGUAUUAAGUUUUAAUAAAGCAAAUAAUAAAUGUG